AGCCACCCCGACUAGCUCCACCUCCUCCGCCACCACCUCCGCCACCGCCGCCACCGCCUCCUCCUCCGCUCCCACCGCCACCGCCGCCGCCGCCACCGCCGCCACCGAAGCCCCCACCCCCGCCACCACUCCCACCACCACCCCCACUCCCUCCGCCUCCUCCACCUCCACCUCUACCGCCCCCGCCAGCCCCUCCAUUGCCCUUGCCCCCCUUGCCCUUGCCGGGGGCGCUCCUCGAGGAGGUCAACGAUGA